AUGGCACCCACGGGAAAGUCAGCCACCGUGGAGGGUUAUAAAGCCGAAAGAAGUGGAUCAGUUGCAGGCCAAUCGACUCCAUCAUCAUCCCCACCAUUGAUGCUCCCUUCGACUUCCCCGCCCUCACGUACACAUUCCCGACAACCAUCUGGAGGGACUGGGCCAUCGCGAGCUCUUCUUCCCGCCGUGCACAUGCACCUUCCGUCUCAGCUCCACCGCCAGACCCAUCCUCGUUCUCACCAACACAACCAGGACCAGAUACCCAUGGCAUGACGCCCUCCAUCAUCUCCCACUCACCUUCAGCGACAACAACAAAAUCACGACCUAUAGAAAAAAAAGUGUCAGCCUCUGCACAGGACCUUUGUCUCGGCUUGACGAUGACACCUACACCACUAGUAACGCCCACAAUGCGGCCAGCUACGCGUUCUAGGGCACAAAAUAUCUUGCCAGAGCACAAACCUUCGCAU